AUGGAUUGUUUCAAAGACAAGUUCGUUGAGGGGCAGCUUCUGGAUGGGCGGUUCCGUACCGUCGCCCCAUUGAAUCAUGGCUCAUUUGGUAUGGUCUUUCUUGCUAAGGAUACCUGGACCGGACAGGAUGUUGCCAUCAAAUGCUUGACCAAGCCUACAUCGGCCGACGCUUCUACCUUGGCCAUCGACAUGUCAUCCGAGGAGCUUGAGUGCCACGCGAAGAUGGGCUAUCACCCCAACAUCGUCAAUCUUAUCCACUCAUUCGAGACUAGUGCUCACACGUACUUGGUUCUGGAGUACUGCCCCAUGGGCGACCUUUACGAGGCCAUCCGUGUCAAUCGGGGCCCUCUCGAGACUGAGCAUGUUCGUGACUUUAUGUUUCAGCUCAUUGACGCCGUGGAGUUUAUGCACUCUAACGGCCUCUAUCACCGUGACAUCAAGCCGGAAAACAUCUUCCUGAACCAAGAUGGUUCCAUGAAGCUCGGCGACUUUGGCCUCGCUACUCGCAAUAUUAUCUGCCACGAAGCCUGCGUUGGUAGUGACCGCUACAUGGCUCCGGAGCAGUAUGAGCCACCCCAAGCUGGCUACUCUCCCGCCAAAGCAGAUAUCUGGUCAAUCGGUAUCUGCCUGCUUAACAUCCUGUUCGCUCGCAACCCGUUUGUGACACCUACCGAGUCCGAUGUAUUGUUCGCCGACUAUGUUCGGGAUCGCCAAUCCCUUUUCGACAUCUUUCCUAAUAUGUCUCAAGAUACUUUUGAGAUUUUGCGGAAUGCGUUGUCUCUUGAUCCCGAGAAGCGUACUCUGUCCGGUGUGCGCGACGCUAUCAUGCGCACAGUCAGUUUCACCACAGACGAUGAGUCUCUGGAUGAAUUCUGUACCGAAGACCGAGAUGUUGUUGCAGCCAGUGCCAAUCGGGAGCCACUACGCACUCCCUCGAUCCAGUCUCCUCACAUGAACACUGGCGACAGUUUCCCCUGGGCCAAGGCUCUGCAAGCGAGUCCUCAACAACAUGGUCGUCAGCUGUCGGUUAUUCCAGAUACCGAAUAUUACUCGGAAGACCUGUUCCCUGCCUCAGAGACAGCGGGUACUUCCUGGUAUUCAGUUCACCCAGAGACGCCUUCGACUGCUUCCAUUCUGGAAUCUGCUAUGGGUGCUUCUUACAAAUCCCUGGCAGCUCGUAAGAACGAUCCGAUUCAGUCUCUUCAUUCUGCCCGCAUUCCUGUGAGUGGCUCUUUGCCCACUCAUGUUGCCAAGCCCUUGCCUGCUAUGUCUCUCGUCUUUGGUAAAGGCAAACGCGAUCAGAUUUCCAAGAGCUGGAGUGACCUUUGGGAUGAGGAGGAAGAAGAGUCCGAACUUGAGGAACUUACCCUACAACAGCGUCGUGAGAAUAAUGCUCGCAGCUGGAGCCAGGAUAGCAAGGACGCUGCCAGUCCCACUCAACCAAUGGGUAUCUUCGAACAGGAAAUGCCGUCUCCCAUUGAGAAGCCAGAUCAGGAAAAAUCCGAGACUUUCUCCAAGUCGAUGCCGCUUCCAAUCUCACCUACCCCUCAAACGGUGACCCCAGUCUCUGAGACACGUCAUCGGAGCGCUCGUUUCAGUACUCCCAAGCGUUCUGAUGUUGAUAAGUGGGCUGCCCUUGGUGAUCGCCGCCGGAACUAUCGUUCCGACGAAGAGACUAUUCCUCGUCUCAAGAAGCAACGCUCCAUGAAUUUGAGUUGGAGACGUGAUUCCGGACCAUCCAGCCCUCAAGCUUGGCGCAACCCUUUCCUUGACAAGGAAUGGCGCCCGAAAGCGAAGCUGAGUAGCAACUACCACGGCAGUGUCGACGAAGACCUUGAUUUGGUCGGCGGGUGGCACGAUCUUCACCUGUAG